AUGGAAAAAUCCAGCACAUUAUUACAAAAGGUUCCUGCUGUCACUCCCAGCAGAACCAUCUCAACAGCAUCAAAGCACAUUCCUAUCACUAUUCCUGCAAAGUUGACACAAGCUCAAAAAGAAGCUGCGCUUCCUUUUCUCACACAAGAGCCCCCCAAACCUAAAACUUCCACAUCAAAAGCAAAGGCCUUGAGUCGUUUCUUCAAGAAACUUGCCAAAGCUUCUCCUGCCAAAGAUUGUCUUAAAUCAUCAUCCUCUACCGAUCUUAAGAAGAAAACCGAAUACAAGCUCACUUUUGUUCCCAUUGUAAAGAAGAACGAAUCCACUGCUCCCGCUAAAGCUGAUACUACUGAAAUCGUCUGGUACGACAGUAGCAUCAGCAGCACUAAUGCCACAGUCAUGGAAACAUCUCCUGUCUCUGAUAACACUGCUUCUGAAUAUGCCCAACGCAUUUGGGAUGAGGAUACCACUGUCUAUAGCAACUUGGAUCACGUUGUUGAAUGGAUUGGUAACGGUAAAGAAGCUAGCAACGCCAUUCUUGAAUCAUAUAUGUCUCACUUUGACUUCAAAGGCUUAAAGCUCGAACAAGCUUUCCGUAACUUAUGCUCCAAGCUUCAUCUUAAGGGUGAAACUCAACAAAUUGAUCGUGUCUUGUACCAAUUCUCUGCUCGCUUCUUCCAAUGUAACACUAAUUCCAUCUUUGGCUCCAUCGAUGUUGUCCAUGCUAUUGUAUAUUCUCUCUUAUUAUUAAACACUGAUCUCCAUGUUGCUCAAGGUGACUACAAGAAAAUGUCUCAAGUUGCCUUUGUCAAAAACACUAUGAAUGCCAUCUCUACUGGCGCCUCUUCUAUGCUUGAAAAUAUGCAAUCUUAUCCUCUCCAACGCACCACUACUAUUAACAGUGACGUUUCUACUAAAUCUUAUGACUCCUAUGCCAAAAACUUCCAAACCGAACUUAAACAAAUGUAUAUGAACAUCCGCUACAAUCAAAUUGCCAACCCUUCUUCUUCCCCUAUUGCCAUCCAAAAUAACCGUGUCAGCACUGCCUUCAAGCGUAGUGUUGGUACCAUUAUCUGGAAGAAUACUCGUGAUUCGGUUGUUGCCAAUAACACUGCUUGUGAAACUACUUCCAUCAGCUCUGCUCAAUCUGCUGCUCCUUCUUCUGUCAUGCAAUAUCAAGCUGUUGCUUCUCAUCUUCAAAACACUGAGCUCCCAACCUCUUAUACUAGCAAUGCUCCUUACUACAAGGAAGGUAUGGUAGUUCGCAAGCACCUUUUGGAAAAAGCCAGCCAAAAAGCUAAGCAUCGUGAUUGGAAGGAAUGCUUCAUGGUCAUUGAACGCAGUCAACUUCGCAUGUACAAGCUUGAUAGCACUAGCUAUCCCAAGCGUAGCCGUUCUACUCCCAUUAAUGUUUCUGAUUCUGCUUCUCAAGUUUCUGCCACUAGCGAAGUCAGUGUUGUUGGCGGUGGUAACUGGAUGUCUCAUGCUCAACUCAUUGGUGCUAUCGACCUCAAGCACACCCUUGCCAAUGCUCUUCCUUCCGGUUACAGUCGUCAACGCCAACAUGCUUUCACUCUUCAACAAUCCAAUGGUGCUGUCUCAGUUUUCCAAGUUGGUUCUGCUGAACAAGUCCAUGAAUGGGUCUCCACCUGUAACUACUGGGCUGCUCGUGAAAGCAAAGAACCCUUAGUUGGUGGCAUCAGCUCAAUGGAAUAUGGUUGGGGUCUCUGUUUAGAAGCUCUUGCUGAAGAAAGCAGUGCCAUUGUUCAUGAAUGGUUAGCUCCUGCUUGUCCUACCAUCAGCAGCAUGUUGGAAGAAUCUGCUCAACUUGAAGUUCUUCACAAGCAUGUUCAAGAGUUAUCUGCUCAAUUGGAUCAACAUCGUGAUGUCAAGCCUAAAAUGAACAUUCACUUCAGUGCUUUCCCUAAAUAUUGUGCCAGAGCAAUGAUCAACUACGAAAACAAGUCUCAUUAUCUCUUGCAUGAAAUCAUCAAAUAUCAAAACUACUGUAAUUCUAUUGAAAAGUCUCUCGCUUUGCAAGCCAACCUCAUGGCUUCUGCCUAA